GUUCGCCGUCAAAACCGCUGCUGCAAGGAGGGCAGUGACCGUAUUUUUGCAGAUAUCUAUCAUUUCUCGGGUUAAGUGGGAGUUGUGGCUUAAUAAAAUACAUUUACGGCCGUGAAGUGAAGUAACCUGCCUCUCCACAAAUGCAAGCUAUUAAAUGCGUGGUGGUCGGCGACGGGGCGGUGGGUAAAACCUGUCUGCUCAUCAGCUACACCACAAAUGCCUUCCCCGGCGAGUACAUCCCUACAGUAUUUGACAACUACUCUGCCAAUGUGAUGGUCGAUGGCAAACCGGUGAACCUGGGCUUAUGGGACACCGCAGGACAAGAGGACUACGAUCGCCUUCGUCCGCUCUCGUACCCGCAGACGGAUGUGUUUUUAAUAUGCUUUUCGUUGGUGAGCCCAGCGUCCUUUGAGAACGUCCGUGCAAAGUGGUACCCCGAGGUGCGACACCACUGCCCCAACACACCCAUCAUCCUGGUGGGCACCAAACUGGACCUGCGGGAUGAUAAGGACACCAUAGAGCGGCUGCGGGACAAGAAGCUGUCGCCCAUCACUUACCCGCAGGGUCUGGCCAUGGCCCGAGAGAUCGGGGCUGUGAAGUAUCUGGAGUGCUCAGCUCUGACUCAGCGCGGGCUAAAGACUGUAUUUGACGAAGCCAUCCGCGCCGUCCUCUGCCCUCCGCCCGUCAAAAAACGCGGCAAACGCUGCACUCUGUUCUGAGCGAACGCCGCGACAGCCUCGCAAAACUACAAGAUUUUUAAUCAGCCUCUUGGGAAAUAUACUGUACUACUCUCACAGGUUCAGUGACAGCCGUCCAUCAAGCUCUAAUGCACAUCACAUGUAUAUGAACCAUUGGUAGAGGGAAGCCUCCUGCUAGAUGGCUUUUGUUUUUCACGGCCUCACGCGCCCGGAGACGUAAUAUUCCAUUUCAUAUCGUUUAUAAGAGAAGUUUUAGUGGUACAGUGUAAUUGUUGACAUACUGUAAAGAAGUGUUUCUUGAUGUUGUAAAGGAAGACACGGGGAAGUUCUGUUGAUUUAGACGGUCUUGUACAAAGCUAACCAUUGGCAGUAUUAGUUCACGACCCAUUUUACAUCCGGAGCGAGUCAAACCAGAUAUUCAACGACAGAGAAAUGCUGCAAAUGUUUGGAUUGUGAAAAGCGUACACUGUAAAAAAAAAAAAAAAAGCUGAGCAAACUUAAAAGUUUAAGGCAACCAGCUUCAGCAGAUUUUUGAGUUUUCUCAACUUAUUUUUUAGGAGAUUUUUGAGUUCUCAAAUUUUUGUUGUAUAAACUUACAACAACAAGUUGAGAAAACUCAAGAAUAUGCCGAAGCUGGUUGCCUUAAACUUUUAAGUUUGCUCAACUUUUUUUUCUUUUUUUUUUUUACAGUGUAGCUGGUCAUGGAAGGGUUAAAAAUCAAGUUCAGUUUUGUACCCAGCUAACAAAAAAUAGUUCUAAGAACGUUUUGCUAACAUUCCCAGUAAGUUAUGAAAACAUUAUUUAUGAGCAUUUUUUUUUUAAUGCAAACGUCAAGGGAACGUUCCAUUUUAUUAUUUGGCAAACAUGAGAACGUUACUGUUGAAUGUUCUCUGAACGUUCAGUUUUUAAAAUGUUUUCAAUUUUUUGUUUUUUCUUGGUUAUGCAAACAUUAAAGGAAUGUUUUAUUUGAUCAUUUUGCAAACAUUGUGAAAGUGUUACUUUUGAAUGUUCUCUGAACGUAACAUUUAAAAAACAGAAUGUUUCAAAUCAAACAUUCCUUGAAUGAUGCAAAAUAACAUUUGUGUGCUACUUUUUGUGUUUGAUUGACUUUGAACACUGCAACAACGUUACAACGUUACAUUUGCUCAUAACUUGACCAGAUAACAAUCUUCUCAGAACUUUAAUACUAAUAUUCUGGCUAUGUUGUUAUUACAAUUUUUUUUUUUAUGUUAUAAUUCUGCAAACAUUAUGGGAAUGUUAUUUAGAAUGUUCUCAAUUUUUUUUAAACUAGUAUCACUUAAAAAAAAUAGUUUUAGAAAUGUUUCACAAACAAUGUAUAAAGAGUUUGGUGCUAACGUUUUAAGAACACUAAUAAAAACCAGAUAACUCUGAAUGAACACUGUAUUAACGAUUGUUCAUAACUUUACCAGAACGCUUUCUGUUAGCUGGGUUACAUUUUGCUGAAAGAUUUUGAUCUUUUUAAUAAUCAUGCACUGUAUGAGCAGAUAUGUGAAUUAAGAAAUUAAAUAGGGUGCGUUUGAUUUCAUGUGGACUUUAAAGCCUCAUGCAUUCAUGAACACUAGAUGUUUUCUUCUUCUCGACUCUUUAAUAAACGCUGGAGAAGGAAACUCGUCGUAUCUCUGCGGUUAGUGACUACACUGGUUUUGGAUUUGCUUUCUUUUCUAGUUUUUUUAUGUACAGAUGAAGCACUGCUGAAGGGUUUUAUGGUACAGCUUCACGAUCUCAAACCUCUGUGCUCUGUCUGAACAAAUGCCCACAUCAUCAUCAUCAUCAUCAUCAUCGUCAUCAUCAUCUGCGGUGUGUGAGACUUGCAUGCCACGAGCCGAAGCCUGAGCGUGUCUGUAACUGAAGGACACGCAUGGGCAUUUGUUCCCUCUUUGGAAAGCUUGUUUAAUUUGUUUCUGCAUGUGGCGUGAAUGUGUUGGGUUCGAGUCGACAUGAUCACAACAGUAUCCUGCAUCAGUGCUCCAGCACCUCCUUUCUUUGUAAAUAACUCAAAAUGGACAAAAAAAGAUGAUCUUCACAGCUGCCAAAAGACAUUUCCAUGAUGUAAGAUAGUAUAUUUACACAAAAAUGUUUUAGAUGAGGAAUGCAUUAAUUAAUAAAUCUAUUCAUGUUUUACCCUUA